AUGAGGUCCAAGUUCAAGGAUGAGCACCCCUUUGAGAAGCGUAAGGCUGAGGCAGAAAGGAUCCGGCAGAAGUAUCCUGACAGGAUACCUGUGAUUUGCGAGAAGGCGGACAAGACCGACAUCCCGACAAUAGACAAGAAGAAGUAUCUAGUACCAUCAGAUCUCACCGUCGGACAGUUCGUAUACGUCAUCCGCAAGCGUAUCAAGCUCGCGCCAGAGAAGGCGAUCUUCAUCUUCGUCGAUGAGGUCCUGCCACCCACUGCUGCCUUGAUGAGUGCGAUUUAUGAAGAACACAAGGAUGAGGACGGCUUCUUGUACGUCAGUUACUCGGGAGAGAACACAUUCGGCUCGCAAUGA